AUGAUAAAGAAAUAAGUAAAAUCAAAAUCUCCAACCCCUAUUAAAUAACAUACUGCUAUAGACACUCCGAAAUUCAAAGAAAAGGCUUCUCAGCAACCUCAAAUGGUUUAGUUCCCUAAAAUUCAAAUAGAAUCAGAAUACUUCUCUUUUUGUGGAAUCUAGCAAUACAAAAAGCAUUCGAAAUCUGUGCAUGAUUUAGGCGACAAAGAAAAGAAGCUCAACAAUAGUUUCACAAAAGAUAAAAAAGUUAGUGACUCCAAAACUUAGAAGGUUUAGAUUUUUAAUAACAACUACCAAAUUAUCAAUAUAAAUCAAAUUGAGAAGAAAGAAUCAAUACGUUCUCUCCAAAGAGAAUUUAAAUAAAUUUUAGAACACAAAGCACCAAACAAGGCAUCUACACCUGUCAAAUAGAAUUCAUCAAAUAGCCCUAUGUAAAUGGGUACUAAAAUUUCUGCCUACCCUUCAGCUAAUAAUUACUUCUAAAGAAUCAAAAAACUCGGUUAAUCCACUUUGUUAAGGAAAAAGUUUUGA